UGAUAUGAUAGGAUUUUCCGUAAAAACAAAGGCCAGAAGCCAAAAAUGUCAAAUAUAUUGGCACACAAUAUCAUGUUCCCCUGUCACUUUCAACCUCAACUACCCUCCAAACCUCCAUUAAAACACAACCUCCUCCUCCUUCUUCUUCUUUUUUUACCUGACAAGACCUCCCCCUUCAGCUUCAUUUUGCUGCAUAAAUAUCCCCCGCAUUUACCCAUCCUCAUCCUCAUUUAUGCCCUUCAGUUCCCUUUCCUCUCUGAAUUCCCCAUCCAUCCAUUCAUCUCUCUAUCUCCUUAUCCUCAUUGUCCUUAUAUAACCCCUUUCACUAUGCCUCCUUCUUCCUCAUCUCUCACCCUCAUCCACCCCCUCCACCCUACCCCACCACCACCUCCCAUGGACUGGUUCUCUUGGCUCUCCAGAACCAACCUCGAACCUUCUCUCAUCUACGACUAUGGCGUCACCUUCGCCCGCAACCAGCUCCAGCUCGAAGACGCUUCCUUCUUCAACCAUGAGUUCCUCCAGAGCAUGGGCAUCUCCAUCGCCAAGCACCGUCUCGAGAUCCUCAAGCUGGCCCACCACGACUAUGGACGCCUUCAUCGUCCCAGGAAGAUCUCCGGGGUCAUCAAGAACUACAUGAGAAAAUGCCUCAGAAAGUUUGUGCUUUUCCGAGAACAAGAUCCUCCUUCAGAUCAGAAGGAUUCACCCAGCCCAGAACCCCAUUGGUACUACCAGGAGAAAUGGCGAGGCGCCAUGGAGAGAAAGCAAUAUGGAAGCGAGGAGUUUCAGAAGGAGAACAACAACAUCAACAAGCCCCUGCCCGCCAUGAAUAGAACGAGAAGGGUAGCUUUGUCUGGGCCUCUAGAUGGAAGGAUGAUGAUGAACGAGAAGGCGGUGAAUACAAACAAAGUGUUGAGGCUUUCUGGGCCUCUUGAUGGGAAGAAGCAGGAGAGACUACUGUACCCAAAUCGGAGCCCAUUAGUGAGCGGCAAGCCGAUGAUGGGCUCGGUUAAAAGCCCAAGAUCUUCUGGGCCUCUGGACCCAAGAUUGGUGAUGAUGGACUGCAAGAGCCCAAGGAUGAGCAGGCCUUCAGAUGCCAGACCUGGAAGCCCCUUGAGUUUCAGUCCCUACUUGAACAAAACCAAAAGUGAUUUCGAUUUUGAUGAGGAUGAUCACACACUGUGGCCUACCUUGUUCCAGGAUUUGAAACCAACAUGAUUGUUUGUUGCCCACUUUCUCAGAGAAAAGUCAAAUUUUUGUUAAAAAAACAGGAAGAGAGAGACAGUUCCUCUUUUCAAGAUCCGUCUACAGGGUCAGAGCAACGGAGAAGUAGCAGAAGCAAGCGGCAGUGAUGAUUAUUACUUGGAGGAUAUGAAAUUACGUGGUUAUUUUGUAUUGGUUCAUAUCUCUCUCUUGCUUAUUCUGUUCACUUGUACAUAUAAAAUGUCAAAAACAUCUUUUCAGUUGAGGCGGGCCGCGCUGAGAACGGUUGGUUCGAUUCAGAAAAAGUCAAUUUGUAUCAGUAAAAAUGUUUUUAGGUGUAUUUUUUAUGGUUGGUGACUGGCUCGUUAGGUAUUCAUUAAUGGGAGGAACCUAACCGUUUCCUUGGUAUUUCCUCCAGAAAGAGGGAAAAGGUUUCACAUAGGUCAUUAUCUGAUUAUUUCUUUCUUUC